AUGGCUAGUGAUAUGCUUAACAAUACAAAACAUACAGACAUGUUUUCAACUGGAGCAAUUACUUGGUGUUUACUAGUACCAUUAAUACAUGUAUUUAGUCUGAUGUCUAAUAUACUUUGUAUAAUUGUUUUUUGUUCAAAUAUUUUUAUUAAAAAGCCGAUAGCUAUUUAUUUUAUAAGUUUAUUAAUAAGUGAUUCAAUGACAUUAUUUAUUGGUUAUGUUGAAAUGACUGAUCGAGCAACAUCUAUGAUUAGUGAAUCUUCAUCGUUAUGUGCAUUUAAUAACAUUUUUCAUAGAUUAUAUGAAAAUCUUUACACAUUUAUGGGAACAUAUUGUCUCGACUGGAUGCUAUAUAAACUUUUAUGGACACGUGCAUCAAUUAUUCUUCUUGCUAUAUUAAGUGUACAACGAACAAGAACAUUUUUUUCAUUAUCUUAUCGUGAAUCACGUAUAUGUGCUCUUUUUGCAUGUAUAUUUAGUAUUAUUAUUGCUGCAAUCAUAACAUGUAUAGAAUGGACUGGUAUACAGUAUGAAAAUGAUAGUAGUUUAAGUAUUCAUUCCGAUAUAUUUCAUGAUAUUAUUCAGAAAAAUUCAUUAAAACAAGUUUAUUCAACAUAUCUAUAUCAAGAUUAUAAUUUAACAAUUAGUAAUUAUUCAUGUAUGAUUGAACCAUUCAAUGUAACAAUUUCUUCAGAUAUGACAAAUCAGGUAAAUAUUUUUUACAGUACACCUCGAGAAACAUUUCGAAUGAAUAAUAUUCUAUUUGAUCUACAUUAA